UAUCGGAGUUGAGCUAUUAUCGUAUUUAACAUGGCAUCAAGAACGUAUAAACGCCAGGAAUCGUUUGCCACGGCAGAAUCGGAUAGCGAUAGGGUUGAGGAAGGGAUUAAAGAGGAAGGAUUGGAGAUAAUAUAUGAGAUCUCGAAAAUACUCAAUACGGGACUAGACCGUGAAACGCUAGCUAUACUAGUAGGUCUAUGUGAAAAGGGUGUGGAUCCUACAGUACUGGCACAUCUUGUUAAAAACCUAAGGGAAGCCAAGAAAAAGUUUCUAUCGGAGAUCACGGCACCAAAACCAGGUAAAUGAUACCACCAUGAUGAUGGUACCAUAUAAUGCAUUAUCUGUGACUCAUAUAA